AUGGCAAACCAGGUUGUGGAGAAAGGAUCUGAUCCUCGUAGCUUGAUCACAACCCUUGAUUGGAAGAACUUCAUCGAUUCUCAAUGGAAGGACGCAAAUUAUAAACGAAGAGCCAUUGCAAGCCUUAUACAGGCAGUGUACUUGCUUGAGCUCGAUAGACAAGAGAACCGAACACAAGAGAAUUCUCUAGCUCCAGAAUUUUGGAUUGCCUUCAAGUAUAAGCCUACACAAAUAUUGACUGAUGAAAGAGAUGGAUCCAUUUUUGGUGCAAUAUUUGAAUGGGAUCGGUUUGCGGCAUUGUCUGAGUUCAAGCCAUUUAAACCAAUCGGUGCCCCGAGAGCUGUUUUAGCACUUAGAGGAACAUUGAUAAGAUGGCCUACAAUGCGAAGAGAUUUUGAAGAUGAUUUCCGUUUUGUUGCUUGGGAAAGCUUGAAGGACUCUGUGAGGUUUAAAGUAGCUACAGAUGCGGUGAAAUCGGUUUCUGAUACAUAUGGAAGCAGAAAUGUAUGCAUUGCAGGGCAUUCUUUAGGCGCUGGAUUAGGUCUUCAGGUGGGAAAGGAAUUGGCAAAGGAAAGAAUUAAUGUCGAAACACAUGUAUUUAAUCCUCCAGCGGUAUCACUAGCUAUGAGUCUUGGACAUAUUGGAGAAAAGGCCGAGUAUGUUUUGAAUAGAAUCAAGUAUAUGCUUCCAUCAGGUACCGAGGCUCAAGUCAGCAACAACGUGGAUGACACUUACAUUAUACGAUGGAGGAAGAAGAUGAUACAUCGGUUAUCGUGCUUUAUGGAUGCUGGUUUAGGAACAAGAAAAUGGGCUCCUCAUAUUUAUGUUAACAAGAAUGAUUGGAUCAGUUACUUUUAUAUUCAUACCCAUGGAACAAAAGAGAUGGAUCCUACAUUUGAGCAGAAUGAAGCCAAGUUGUUUGUUGUCUCAAUGGAAGACCAGAAGUUUCUUGAGGCUCAUGGCCUGAAACAAUGGUGGUCAAAUGACGGUAAUCACAAUAACAAACUCGUUAUCGCGGAAGUUAAAUCUUUGAACACCGGUACACCUUUUCAGGUAGUAUUUUUCUAUUAUCCACGAUAUGUUUCAUUAGUCACUAGUUGCAUAAAUAUUAGAGAAGCUACAGAUUAUGUUUGUAGUAUACUUAAAUGCAUGCCUCGUCAUAUAAGUGGUAAAGCUCAAACCAACAAUGAUGGAGAAGUGAGUUCAGGUAUAGGUUUGGUGGGUUGGAUACCCUCAUUAUCUGGCUUGAAGGAUACCGGUUAUUGGGUGUGCAAAUGGAUUCCUCGCAUGUAUGUUUACAGUAAUGGUGGCACCGAAGAGAAGAUGGUUGGAAAGGAUAAUAUAGAUCCUGAAGACGGUCAAAUUACUCCGAAAUUACUUAUUUUCUCCAAGGAACAACUGACAUUUCUUGCAUCUCAUGGCCUAGAACAGUGGUGGCCAAAUGCUGUAGAACUUCAGAAAACUAUCUGUGAUGGAAAACUCAUAAGCAGGAAAGUGAAAUCUCUAUACACGGCCGGCACACCUUGGGAAGUAACAAAAGGAUCAAAUCUCUCUUUUAUUUCACUUGCCAUGUAUGUUGGAGAAAAGGAAGAGUUCAUAUUGAAAUGUAAUAGGCUUAAAUCCAUGUUUCCGUCAAGUAAUGAUGCUCAAGUGUGCAGUGACGAGGGUAAGAUUUCCGGUAUUGGUUUGAAGGGUUGGAUACCUCAAUUAUCUUGUUUGAAGGAUGCUGCUUAUUGGGUGUGGAAACGUGUUCCUCAUCGGUAUGCUAACAAGAACUGUGGCACUGAGGAGAAGGAGGUUGACAAGAAGGAGAAUGUGGAUUGUUCAAAUGCGAAAAUAAUUUCAAAGUCAUCUAUGAAAUUUCUUGCAACUCAUGGCUUGGAACAAUGGUGGCCAAAUGAUGCAGAACUUUGGAAAAUCAUCUAUGAUGGAAAACUCGUAAGCAAGAAAAUUAAAUCUCUAUACACCAAUACACCUUGGGAAGUAACAAAAGGAUCAAAUCUCUCUUUUCUUUCACUUGUCAUGUGUGUUAGAGAAAAAGAAGAAUUCAUAAUGAAAUUUAAUAGUCUGAAAUCCAUGAUUCCUUCAAGUAGCGAAGCUCAAGUGUGCAACAACGAAGGCAAGAUUUCAGAUGUUGGUUUGAGGGGUUGGAUACCUCAAUUAUCUUGCUUGAAGGAUGCUGCUUAUUGGGUGUGGAAAUGCGUUCCUCAUCAGUAUGUUAACAAGAACUGUGACAUUAAGGAGAAGGAGAAUGUGGUUUGUGCAAAUGCAAGAAUAACUCCAAAGGUGUGUGUUGUUUCCAAAGAACAAAUGUUUCUGACAACUCAUGGCUUGGAACAAUGGUGGCCAAGUGAUGCAAAUUUUCAGCAAACUCUCCAAGAUAGUAACCUCAUAAGCAGGAAAAUUCGAUCUUUAUACACCGAAACGUCUUGGGAAGUAACACAAAGAUUAAAUCCUUUAACUUCACAUCCCAUUUGUUUCGGUAAUAUUGGAGAAAAAGAAGAAUUUGCAUGGAAAUGGAAUAUUGUUAAAUCUGCAAUUCUUUCAAAUAGUGAAACUCAGGCGAGCAAUGAUUACAAUAACAAUACACCAUAUGUACCAUUGAAGAGUUGGAUGCCUCCAUUAUUAAGCUUCAAGGAUGCUAGUUUUGCUGUGGUAAAAAAGGCUUCUCCUAUGUUGAAUCUGUCUUUUGUUUCACCGGUCACGAGUCAUGGAAAUAAUGAAGAAAAGGACAAUUUUGUUUCGAGUAGUGAAACUCAAGUGAGCAAUGAUUCAAACAAGACUUCAUGUGAAGGCUUGAAGAAUUGGAUACCUUCAUUAUCUGGCAUGAAAGAUGCUGCUUUAGGGAUAGGAAAAUUGGUUCCGUAUCUGUAUGCUAACAAGAGUGAUGUUGGCAUAGGAGAGAAGAUGGUUGACAAGGAAAACAAGGGUCCUUUGCAAUAA